AUGCGCAAAAUUAUAAGACGUAUAAAAUUUGAAACUUCAAAUCUUUCACCAACUUUAUUUUCUUUAGCGUUUUUAUUAGCGUUGAAACGAUGCGAGAGGAAACAUUUUAUUUUGUCCCGCUGUUUUUCGAUAGAUGUUACUCUGUCUCAUGAUGUAUGGUUGUUAUUUAUUGGCGGCAGUUUAAAGGAAAAAGAAGAAUUUGUAAGAUCAUCUGCCUUCUGUAUUCCGACAACAUUUGGAAUAAAAAUUAAUUUCAAUUCAUGUUGCUUUAUCGCUAAGAAAUUGAAACUUAGAAAGCGAUCUAAAAGCUUUGCAUGUUUGUGGGAAAAUAUUUUGAAGGAACUAAAUAAAAGUCUAACAAAUUCGUCAGUGGAUGAAAUCUUCACAUUGUUUAUUGUUGUUUAUGCCUAG